AGUGCUGUCCCCCUCCCCUCCCUACACUACAAGGAAUUCCCUAUGUGGCCCUCCCCAAGGCUCGGAGUCCUCCUUCAGCCUGGGCGGUGUCCUGUCACUGCUCUACUACUUGCUUUUCUACAUUUUUUUUGAUUUUGGCCUCCAGUAUCCACAUUCUCUUUCAACCAUCCCCAAUCUUUCCGUCUUCCCAUAACGCCUUUUAUAUUCUCUUCUUUCUUCCCAAGUCCGGGCACAUCUGCCGCAGCCGUAGCCCCGCAGCCGCAAUGUAUGAACACGUCAAGAAGAUGUUGCUGAGCAGAGCUGCCUGCGAGGGAUCCGACACCAAAACCAAGUACGCCGAGCUCUUCACUACCCUGGACGUCAAUAAGGAUGGGAAGGUGGACAUCUUGGAGCUGCAGCAGGGCCUCAGGGCUAUGGGUAUGGCUGUGGCGGCGGGCGCCGAAGAGAAAAUUGUUGCAGCUGGUGAUACAAACAAGGAUGGACAACUGGAUUUUGGUGAAUUUAUGAAAUAUUUAGAAGAACAUGAGAAGAAAAUGAAAAUUGCAUUUACCAGCCUGGACAAGAAUGAAGAUGGAAAAAUCGAACCAUCUGAGAUACUGAAUUCCCUUAAGGCUUUGGGCAUAAACAUUUCAAUAGACCAUGCUGAGAAAAUCCUCAAAAGUAUGGAUGCAGAUGGAACCCUAACUGUUGACUGGAAUGAGUGGAGGGAUCAUUUUCUAUUUAAUCCGGCUAAUAACAUUCAGGAAAUUGUCCGAUACUGGAAACAUUCCACGGUUCUGGAUAUCGGUGACAGCCUCACUAUCCCUGAUGAGUUCACUGAAGAAGAGAAGAAGACCGGACAAUGGUGGAAACAGCUUUUGUCUGGGGGGGUGGCUGGAGCUGUGUCCCGUACAGGAACUGCUCCCCUCGACCGGCUCAAAGUCAUGAUGCAGGUUCAUGGAUCCAAAGAAGGGUCCAAUAUGUUAGGUGGUCUGAAGCAAAUGGUGAAGGAAGGAGGCGUCCGCUCCCUGUGGAGAGGAAACGGAGUCAAUGUCAUCAAAAUCGCUCCUGAGACCGCCAUGAAAUUCUGGGCAUACGACCAGUACAAGAAGUUGUUCACCUCGGAGAGCGGCAAGUUGGGCACCCCAGAACGAUUUAUUGCUGGGUCUCUGGCCGGAGCAACGGCACAGACUUCUAUAUAUCCUAUGGAGGUUAUGAAGACUCGUUUGGCUGUAGGAAAGACCGGACAAUAUAAUGGAAUGUUUGACUGUGCUAAAAAGAUUCUGAAAAAAGAAGGUGUGCGAGCCUUUUAUAAAGGAUAUGUACCCAAUAUAUUGGGUAUUAUUCCUUAUGCUGGCAUAGACCUCGCUAUCUAUGAGACCCUUAAGAACGCCUGGCUUCAGAAAUAUGCAACAGACUCUGCCAACCCUGGGGUGUUGGUCCUUCUGGGCUGUGGCACCUGUUCCAGUACCUGUGGCCAACUGGCAAGUUACCCAUUAGCCCUCAUCAGGACUAGAAUGCAAGCGCAAGCUUCAAUAGAGGGCGCCCCUCAACUGAGCAUGGGGGGCCUCUUCCGCAACAUCAUAGCCAAAGAAGGUUUCCUAGGCCUAUACAGAGGAAUUGCUCCAAACUUCUUGAAAGUGCUUCCCGCUGUUAGUAUCAGCUACGUGGUGUAUGAGAAGAUGAAGGUGCAGCUUGGGAUCUAGAAAUGUCAGGACUGUCAAGAUUCCCACUCAGGAACUCCAGUGUGUGUGAGGCCGUGUGUCUGCGAUUUCCUUUGUGAAGAGUAAAAUAUGAAUUUGGCUGCUGCCGCAUUUCUACAUGGUUAAGAACCUCUGGACCUAUUGAGCCAUUGCCAGUCAAGAUCAUGUUUAUGGCAGCUUGAUAGCCGCCUGUUUGCUAUUUUGUGCCAGACAAUUUUUUUUCUUUUUUUUUUUUUAGAUUAAGCCAAUUUUUGAAACCAAAGUUUUUUUUUUGGGGGGUGGUAUGGGUUUUCUAUAGUUUAUUUUCUAGCUGUGGUAUUUUUAUGUUGUAUGACACCUAUGCAUUUUUUUUACAUUGUGGGAAAAUUGCAAUAUCCAUUAGUUAAUACCAAAAAAGACACUUGGUACAAACCGAGGGACACAGUUUUACAAUUAAAGGAGAACUCCAGCAAAACAUUUUAUUUUCCCAUUGUGCCCAGGUUGCAGCAACUCAAAUAAUGAUCCUUAAAGGGUACCUCUCAUCAAAAAAAACUUUUGAUAUAUUAUAGAUUAAUGUAUGCAGAAUAACUUCACAAUUGCAUGUUAUUAAAAAAUAUGCUUCUUUCUAUUUAAUUUUCCAAUUUAUAGAAAUGACCACUAGGGGUCUCCCUACCAGUCCUGGCAGGAAGAAUUUCAGACUCAUGCUGGAGUCCUAAACCCUACGAGCAGCCAGUCUGCUUUGCUCACAAAGGAGA